GGGUUUAGGGUUUUAGCGAUGGUCGCUACACGCUUGCUGCUUCUGGCCAGGAAUUCCUUCGCGGCUAGACGAUCGCUCUGUUGUCACAGCAGUGCCGCAUUCUUGGAGCACGAGAUUUGGGAGAUUUGUAGCCGGCGAAGCUCGGGAUUUCCAUCGCUGCUGCCUUCCAGGUAUUUUGGUAGCAAUGCCGGUGCUGGCAGCGGUAAGAAAGUGGCGAAGGAGGAGAAAUCCGUGAUCCCGGCCGCAGGUAAUUCUCGUGCUUCGAGAAAAGGGGAAGAUCACUCGAAAGCAAAUGAGAAUAUGGAGGACAAGCCAAAGCGAACGAAGAAAGUGGAAGAACCGACGUUGCCGGCUUCGAGAAAAGGAGAUGUCGAGGAGGUGGCCGAUGGAGCGAAGGCUAAACCCAAGAAAACGAAGGUGGUGGAGACCGAGGCAAAGCUUUUAGCUGCCAGGAAAGGUCUUGGCAGUAACGAAGCGAUCGAGGGAGCCAAACCAAAGCCAAAGCGAUCGAGAAAAGUGAAGGGCGAGGAAGAAAAAGACUCCAGUGUUUCAGGAAAUGGCAAAGAGGUGACUAAAGCGAAGUCGAAAGGGACGAAGAAAGUGCCAGUAGAGGAAGGAAUGGAGUCCGAGCUAUCAGCUCCAGGCCAGAGGAAAACAUCUAAGCCAAGGACACAGUCUGCAAAGAAGGUGGAGGAAACUGUGAAGGCUGUCGGGACAGUUGGUUUAGUAGCAGAGAAUAGUAUGGAGUUGGAAAAGAAAGUUGAGAAGAGACCACCAAAGCCAGGGAGGCAAGCUGCAAAAAAGAUGGAGCUACUGGAUGAAGCUGCGAGGAUUGCCGGGACAGAUGGUUUAGUAGCAGAGGAUUCAGAGAAAAGUAUAGAGCUAGAAAUGAAGGAACCGGAUCGGGUCGUGGUGGUAGAAUCAUCGCCGCAAAGUUUGGACGUUCAAGGCAAGAGAGAUACUAGUGGGACUAAAAGUCCAGAGUUCGUGGAAAACAAUCUAGAUUCGGAAAUAAGCGUACCACUUGUGGAAGAGUCCGGGGCGUCGCAGCAAGCUUCGGACGAUGCAGCGAAGCCAGAGACAACAGAGACUGUGAAGGUUGCUGAGACAGACAACGUGGUUGUAGAAAAAGAUUCAAAGGUGGCAGAACCAUCGCCAAAUCAAGCGAAGACGCAGUAUGAAAAUGUGGUCACAGCGGGAGCAAAACAGGAUGACUUUCUUGAGGUGGAUGACGAGCUCAAGGAGUUUCUCAUGGACAGAAAGCUACAGCAGGAGCAAGCCGAGGAGGACGAGGACGACGAAGGCGACCACGACUACGUAUGGGACUACAGGGACAUCAGGCAGCUGCCAAGCUCUGUGAAGCACCUCGAGAAGAAGCUCAAGGAGCUCUCCAGCACCGCUCCUUCAGACGACCGAAGGAUCGCGGUGGUAAAGCUCAAACUUGGUCAGGAGCUGUGCUCGAGUGAGCACCUGUCGCCACAGAGAGCAGUGGACCUUGCGAACGAAGCUCUCAAAGUUCUCGGAGUUGGUGGCGAUGGUUCCAUCGAGCAGGGAAUGUGCCUCGCGGUGCUGGGAGCUGGAUACCGGGGGCUCGAGCAGUACGAGAAGAGUUUCUCUUACCUGAAACGAGCCUCGACGUGUUUCGACGAGAUGAACGAGAAGGGCCAGGAAGUUGUCCGCGAGAUGCAGUUCACUACGAACCAGCUCGGCGUCACGUACUUGUCUCUGGGCCGGAUCAAGCAAGGCGUGGAGUCUCUGAUAGAGGCGCUGGAUCUCCAAGAGACGGUGCUACCAUGCGACGAUCCCGACCUCGGCAGCGACUUCCGCAAGGCCGCGGAGCACUUGUGUGACGUAGAGCAGUGGGAGGAGGCCAAGAAGCUGUGCGAGAAAGCCAUUCGUAUCCACAGCAAGAUCAAAGGCUUUGACAACGAGGAAGUUGGCCACGACAGGAAAAUCAUGGCACGGAUUUACAGGGGCUUGAGCCAGCACGAGAAGGCGCUGGAACAGUUUAGAAUCGCGAGGCAGAUCUUCAACGAGGACGAGGAGAACACCUACUGGGCCAACAUGGGAAUAGCGGACUCGCAGAUGUGCAUGGAGAGCUACAGCGAAGCCAUCGCGACGAUAGAAGGGGCGAUGGAGUCGAUUCCAAAGAAGCCAGUGACUUACAGAGGGACUGCUUAUCUCAAGCUCGCCAAGGCGUUCUAUCUCAAGAAGGACUUUAACGAAGGACUCAAGAGGUUGAUGGCUGCUCUCGAGUUCUACAAAGCGAACCUUGGUGCCGGCUCCAUGGACGAGACUGCCAGCCAGCUCCACGAGAUCGCGGCGCUGUUUGACGCGAUGGGAGACGUCAAAGGCUCCAUCAGGACGCUGAAGAUCGCCAUCGCCGCCUACGACUGCGUCCCUGGAGCGGAGAAGCUAGUGAUGAACGCAAAGAUGGACCUUGGCUCGCAGCUUAUACGGCACAAGAAGCCCGAGAGCGCGCUGCAUUACUACGAGGAGGCCAUGGAACUGUCCAGGAAGCUCGAGUUGCCGAGCCUCAACCUUCUCACCUUGACGGGGAUAGCACACAUGGAACUCUCGAAUCACCAGGCCGCGCUGGAGGUGCUGCAAGAGGCUAAAGCUUUGCUCGAGAGCCCGGAACAGAUGAAGCGCUCGGACCUGUCCAAGAAGAUUUGCUUCCCGAAGCUCCCCGUCUAUCACAACUUGGUCACGUGCUACCAGCAUUUCGAAAGAUAUGACGACGCUCUCGACUGCCAAAAGCUUUUGGUGGCGGAGCUGCGCAUCGCCGGACGCGAAGCCGAGGAAAAGCUCCCCGACGCGACGCGAGUGCUCGAGGAACUCAUGGAGAGGAGCAGCAAACUCCCCGUCCAAGCUCAAGCGUGACUCUCGGGCUUGAGUCUCGGGAGUCGUACUAACAAGCGCAAAAGUCCGUACGGGGGAGUUUACAUUGUGGAAGAUCCUUUGAGCAAAGAAACGAGGCGUUUUGGCACGUUAUAGCGAUUCC